AUGGUCGAUUAUUAUUUCGAUAAAGGAUCAGCUGUAAUUCAGCCGAAGUUAGUUGAAGAGAUCAAAACGAAAGGGUUAUCACUUCAGGACAAAAAGAAUUUCGUCAGUGGAGUGAUAACCGCAAUGAAGUCGGUUGACAAGAUUCUGCACAUCACAUUUCCAAUUCGACGUGAUAACGGUCAGUAUGAGAUGAUUGAGGCCUGGCGUGCAAUGCACAGUGAACAUCGUAGACCCACCAAGGGUGGUAUCAGGUAUGCGAUGAACGUGUGCGAGGAUGAAGUGAAAGCAUUGUCGGCACUGAUGACCUUCAAAUGUGCCGUUACAGAUGUUCCGUUUGGCGGUGCUAAAGGUGCAUUCCAAUAUAUUCACUCAAAAACAUCAUCACACACUCAUAUAACCGAGUUAUAA